UCCAAUCCGAUCCACUUGACGCCGCGCUCGAUACAGCCUGACUCAAACACGCCGAACUGUGUCCAAAAGUGGACCUGAUCGAGCUGCGCUAUCCACACUGCACCUGCUCUGGAGAAUCCUGGCACGAUGACGUUCAGAAACACCACUGUGGAUUUAUUCUCGCAGUUUUACAUCUUGCAGAAUUUUUCCACGUUUUUUAAUUUCUCCCUGGACUCGAUGUACGACAGAGGAUCGAAUUACGAGUCUGAAUCCCACAGACCGACCAUCAGAGCGCUGCUCAUCGUCGCGUAUUCCGUUAUCAUCAUCAUCUCGCUUUUCGGAAACGUGGUUGUUUGUCACGUUGUUAUUAAGAAUAAACGGAUGCACUCAGUGACAAGUUUGUUCAUUAUGAAUUUAGCCAUUGCUGACAUUCUCAUAACUCUCCUCAACACGCCUUUUACUCUGGUUCGGUUUGUUUACAGCACAUGGGUGUUUGGGAAGGCGAUGUGCCAUGUGAGCCGCUUUGCACAGUAUUGUUCUGUCCAUGUCUCUGUUCUCACACUGGUCGCCAUUGCCAUUGACAGACACCAGGUAGUGAUGCAUCCAAUGAAGCAGCGGAUGUCUCGGCUUCAGGGCAUUGCCUGGAUCGGCGUCAUCUGGGUCAUGGGCUCCUGCUUCUCUCUACCUCACGCCAUCUACCAAAAACUGCUGCGCUUUGAAUUUGGCAAUAACAGAGUGCGGAUGGUUUGCUGGCCCAGUUUUCCUCAUCCCUCCGAUCUCUUCUGGAAGUAUCUGGAUCUUGCCUCAUUUGUCCUCCUCUACGUAUUGCCUUUAGCGAUUAUCUCCAUAUCAUAUCUUGUGGUGGCCAAGAAGGUUUGGUUCCAGAAUGCUGUUGGUGACGUUACACUGGCUCAGUCAGCCGCUCAGCGCAGGAGGAAGAAAACCACUUUGAAGAUGCUGAUUGCAGUGGUGGCCGUGUUUGCCGUCUGCUGGUUUCCUCUAAACUGCUACAUCGUGCUGCUGUCAAGUAAAGUAAUCCAGGCUAACAAUGCUGUGUAUUUUACUUUCCACUGGCUGGCCAUGAGCUCUACCUGCUAUAACCCUUUUAUAUACUGCUGGCUCAAUCACAGCUUUCGAGCAGAACUCCGAGCUCUGCCUUUGAUUGGACGUAUAGCCAAAGGCAAUGCCAUCCAGCAAUCCUAAAGAAGCACACAAGAUUCUGAUGUUCCCUUUUUCUCUUUCAGAAUUAUAUUGUUUAGGUUUUUUUAAAGUGGAAAUUCACAUGUGAAAUGCUGUAGCAGCUCAUCUCUCAUACCCCACAAGUGAUUUCUCAUAUAUAUCUAUAUAUCCCUCCCACGGCUUUCAUAUAAUCUCUGCAAAAAUGACACAUACAUCUCCCAAAACAAAUCACUGUGUUGCCAUGGAGGAGAUGACUUAAAUAAUACACAGUGCACAAAUGAAACUUUUCUGUAUUUCAAGAAAAACAAGUAUUUUUCAAAUGGCGAAAAAAAACUUUAAAUCUCAAUAGACUUUAAAACCCCAGGCAUCAUACACAACCGAGGAUCACACACCACUAGCCUUUAAAGUGGUUUUGUGCAUAGCAACAUCCAUCUCAUAAUGUGAGAAUAAAAAAAGCUCAAAAUAUCAAA